AUGACACAAGUAUCCGCAACCUUUCUUCUACACAUGCACCAACCAAAUCCCGGUGGUUAGCGAGAUGAAGAAGGGCAUAUUACAAAACAGACGUCGAGCAAUGGAAAACUGUAGUAGUAAAAGUGGAGGGUGUCACCGUGACGACUCACGAGUGGUUGCUAGUACAUUCGGUGAUGCGGGAUCCGAGAUAUAAACACUACCUUGCCGUCAACGUAAGCCCUAAAUUUCAACCACAAUGUUGUUGUUACUAACCGAAUCAACAGUCUUUUACUGGAAUAUUGUGAAUGAACGCACCAGUUACUUGAAGGAUGCGUGUAGUGGUACUGACAACAUAUCAGCAUGGGUACAAGGGGUUCAAGAACCAACUAUCACCUUUACAGGCGACAAACGAGCUGCAGGAACCAAUGUGGGUGUGGUCGACAGCAUGCCUCCAGCCAAGCGCAUGAAAACAGUGACAGUGCGGGAGGAGAAAUUGCCAUCAGAUUCAGAUUCAGAUUCAGAUUCAGAAGCUACAACAGCACUUCCUACUACAAGACACAGGAGUAUCAGCUUGGACUCCCUUCCCGCCAGCUGCUUCGACAAUAAUGCUUGGCAUGGUGUAUUCCUCCCGACUAUUGCACAUGCUGCCGGCGGAGAGGGCGUUGAUCCAUGGUUCAUUGACGAUCACAGUCUGCUCACAAUCCUUGUAAAGGCCUGGAGGGUUGUAUACGAAGGGAAACUUUCGUUGAAACGCUGCAUUGAUGUAGUCUGUCCUGCGUCUAAGCAAGCGUUGCAUAGGUGGCGCAGUGGAUUUGGAUGUGCUGCCCUCAUUAUGAUCACGAGCUUCAUGGCAUCUAAUCCUGCUUCAUUUUCAACUUACGAGCAACGCUCCCGGUUUGCCAAGUAUUAUCUUUAUAAAAAUCGGUUUCUUUUCAGGAACGAUUCUUCUAAAGACAAGAAGGAGUGGACGGGGAUGUGGAAAUCGAGAUCCAUACUGCAAACAUUUGCAGCCCACCUUGAUUACACUCGAGGUUGCGUGCCUAUCGAAGCUCCGGGAUGCGACGAGCAACUCAGUCGAAUAGCACUUGCACUCUCUGCAGUAGCGGUUAAGCGCGCCUUACGUCUCCUUUCAACCGGAGAGAUGAGUUUUGAGGUUACGACUGCAGUUGCGAAAGGCAAGAGAAAGGUCAUGCGAAAGAGUGAGGCUCAAGCCUUGAACAAUGACUUAUUAUGGAAAGUUAUCAUAAGCAACAAUGAGGACUUCUCCGAGUCGCUAUGGGGGUAUGAUAGUCGUAUGUUUCUGAAUGCAAUCAACCGCAUACCCGCAGAAAAUAUGCUGGACAUUGUGAAGAGCGCAGAACCAUUCAUGGCAACUGCCACUGACCACAUAGAGAUAAAUAGUGUGGAGAAUAUGGAUGAGGAGUACGUCGAUCUCUUGGAUUUCCGAUGA